GUCCCUAUGUAUGAACCAACCACAUAGGAUCUUGGAAUGUUCUUCACCUUCAAACGACCUUCAAACGCAUAACUACGAAACAAAGUUUCAUUCUUCACUCAGUUCUUUUCUUCCAUCACACAGAUACCCUUUCUCUCUUUUCUUCUUUCUCUUUCUCUCUCACCCGAAACCAUGGAUAUCUUCCGCAAUGAUCAAGAACACGACCUCCCAUAUGUUCCAAACAGUGACGAUUCAGACAACGGCACCAGCGAAAACAAAAAGAUACUCUACAUAUCCAUGGUUUCAUUCACGGUUGUCUUGUUCCUUGUCUUCUCCCUCUACGUCUACGCGCGGUGCAUGCUCACGCGCCGAUCUCGCCACCGUGCCUCCGUUCGCCGACUCAACCUUGCAGCCCUUCAUGUCGCCGACAUGGACGCUGCAAACCGCAGGAUCGAACCAGCGAACACAGGACUCGAUCCUGGCAUAGUAGCGUCGCUGCCAACGUUCACGGUGAAGGCAAAGGUUUUAAGAGAUAGUAGUGGUGACAAUAAUAAGAGUGGCGGUGGUGGUGAUGCUUCAUCGGUAAUGGAGUGUGUUGUGUGCUUGAAUGCCCUGGAAGGUGAAGAAAAAGUGAAGCUGCUACCCAACUGUAACCACUUUUUUCAUGUGAGUUGUAUUGACAUGUGGCUUGGUUCUCACUCUACGUGCCCUCUUUGUCGGGCCGAGGUUAAACCUCGGAUCCAACCACAUGAUCGUGAAGGUCCUGUUAGUCUUGCUCUUGAUAAUGCACCACCUCCUAUGAUUGAUGAUGGUGUUGAUAAUGGUGAAUCUUUCAAAGGUAAUGGUUCGAAUUCACGGUUGAGCUCUUUUAGAAGGAUGCUUAGCAGGGAAAGAUCUUCCAGAAGAGUCCAACCUAAUGGCCAUGAUGAGGAUGAUGGUGUUGAUCAUGAUUUGGAGAGACAAUGAGUUUAUGGUAGGUUGUCCUCAUAAUCUGUGUUCUUAGUUUUCUUGUCAGUGAUGCACAUACAGAAGGAGAAAUAUACAAAUACUUGUUCUUAAA